AUGACCUCCGCCGGCUGCUCGUCCGUCCGAGCCUGGGCUCGGCUGCUGCUCUGGGCCGGUCCGGUGCAGCGCAAGGUUCUGUCGAGCCGGAGUCUCUUCCACCAGCGGGCCAGAGCUUCACCCAGAGUUGCAGAGGAGCGAGAGGAGGGUCUGACCCCGAGCCCUGCGCUGCUCACCACAGAGGCGAUCCAGGACCCGGAGCCCCUGCUGCCGGAGGAGAUCCUGCGGCUCCUCUCCAGCCAGGACCUGGCUGUGGAGCGGCUCUGCCACCUGGGAGAGGUGGCCCUCACCCUGCCGGGCGGCCGGUCGGAGGUGCUGGCCCGGGUCCUGGCCCGGGUCAGUGCUGCGCUGGAGCAGACGCGCGUGUCUCCCAGGGAGGCGGAGAGAGUCUACGCCUUCACGGCGCGCUGUUUCCAGGCCGGGAACCAGCAGCAGCGGCUCCUGCUGGCGGCGCUGGACUCACAGACCAGGAGCCUGGUCUACCGGCUGAGGCCGGGCCAGGUGAGCAGCAUCCUGCAGGCGCUGCUGCGGCAGAGGGAGAGACAGGUCACGCCACUGGUGCACAAGCUGAGCCGCAGGGCCGCGUGGAACCUUAAGUCCUUCAGCGACUCAGAUCUGAGGAAGGUUCUGUCUGUGCUGAUGGACCUGGGCCAACAUGACCAGGUCCUGCUGGACGCGCUGGAGUACCACCUGCCAGGCAGGCUGCGGGACAGCGACCCGGAGCUGAUCAGCGCCGUCAUGCAGUUCUGCAUGCAGACGAGGUGUCGCUCCGAGCCCAUCCUGGAGGCCGUGGCCCAGAACUUUGUGCGGAGCGCCGACACGCACAGCAGCGAGCAGGUGGCCGCGCAGGUGGCGGCCAUGGGGCGACUCAACUACCUGCCUCAGUGCUCCGGCCAGAUGUUCGGGAAGCUGGAGAGCAUCCUGUCCUCGCGCUCCUCCCACUUCCAGCCGGCCUCCCUGAUCCAGGUGCUGCACGCCUGCAUCCACCUGCAGCGCUUCCCCCUCAACCACCUGGCCAAGGUCUUCAGCCCGUACUUCCUGCAGAGAGUGACAGGAGCAGCUCUGGACAGGACGGCUCUGGCCCAGCUGACGCAGCUGCACCUCUCCGCCGCCCUGGAGUGCACCGGCUACUGGGGCCCCCGCCUGCCCCCCGCCCUCCACACCAGGAGCUUCUCCUCCGUGGACGAGGCCUUGGAGACGCCCCUGGACGUCAUGCUGUACCGGCAAGUGAGGGCGCCGCUGACCGAGCUGCUGGGUGGGAGGUGCUUCCUCGCCGAGCGCUUGACGCCCUGCGGCUACACCAUCGAUGUGGAGCUCUGUUUGGAUGAGAGGGGGUACGUUCUGCCGCGCUCCCAGUGGCAGCAGGCCCACAGACGGGUGGCGCUGUGUCUGGACGGAGAGAAGCACUUCUGCAGCAACACUCUGCACCUGCUGGGCAAAGAGGCCACCAAGAGGAGGCACCUGCGGCGGACGGGCUACGAGGUGGUGCAGAUUCCCUACACUGAAGUGGAGAGGCUGCGCAGGCCAGAAGAAAGAGUCCAGUACCUCCACAGCAAGAUAUUUCCCACCAUCAACAAGUUCCGUCGAUGACUCUGCAGCUUCAGCCGUUGAAGACGCUGAAGUGCUUCUCGCAGCAUAAUCAGAGAAUUGGCUGAUGAAGACUCAGGUGCUCUUCACAGACCUGGCUGAAGGCUCCGUUUCAGUCAUGACGGAAGGUCAAGCUGCUACAAGACACGGCGUAGGAGCACCUUUGGGAGGAACGUGGUCAGGUGAAGCCACCUUCAGACAGUGGCCUAACAACACGUGUGUGGUGCUGUGGCACAGAAGCCAUGUUGAGCAUAAAAGUAUUUUUUCUACUUGGUCUCCUCGUUCAUUGUGUCUGAGAGG